CAUGUAGGACUGUGCCUGGCACAUAGUAGGUACGCAGUAAAUAAUUGUGGAAUAAAUAAAUGAUGUAAGAAAGGCAUGAACAAAUGAGCCCUCCUCUGGCUCUCAUGCUGAUGGAAACCCAGUGCUUAGGGGGACAACAACAGAGGAAGUGUCUGGAGAGAAUCUUCAGCAAUCAUAUACGGGAGAGUCUCACGCCCACUAUCCCCAUCCCUGGAUAAGCCAAAAGUUGGCAGUAUUUACUUAAAAUCCUCGAUAUCAGUGAUUUCCAGACUUUUUAGUUUAACAACCUUUCACUAUAUAUUUAAAUUAAAAAUACUUCCUAUUUUCUGAAAGAGUUGGAGUGUUGGUUUUUUUUCUUAUGUAAAGUGUUUAGAUAAUCUUUGAAAAUUUGAAAUCAUCUUCUGAGAUACUUGGAGAGUUGUUAUAGAGAUUAUAAAACCAGCUUUGGGAAUGUUUCCCCAUCUCACCUCUCAAUAUUGUAUUUACUUUGAAGUUUCAGAGUUAAAAUUUGAGAUCCUUAAGUGGAGAAGGGUCCUAGGUGUCUGAGUGAUUACAAACAUCUCACAUUCAUCCAACAUCCCCUCUGUUGGCAUAUCCCAGGCGUGUCCCUAUGGUAAACAGACUAUAAAAAUCUAUUUAAUCAGCUAAUCAUUAAGCAUUUAUUGAGUGCCCAUUUUGUGAUAACUUUUGCAGAUGCAAGAAUGAAUGUGGCAUAAUCCAUGUCCCCCAGAAAUGGAUAGUCUGGGAAGAAUAAAUAUUAAAUUGAAAAAAUAGAAUAUGUCUGAAAACAUAGUAGCGGUGAAACUGCUAGUUCUCCCUGUGAUGGCUGGGAGAAAUUUUACAGACAAGGUGGCUUUUAAGUUAGAUCAUGAAUUCUUAGAUCUUUCUAGACACAGUGAGAAGGAAGGGAAGGGAAGGAGCCUUCUAAGCAAAGAGAACAGUAGAUACCGACACAGUGUGGUGAGCCUGUGGGUGUCUGGGAAAUUCAGUGGUGCAUGAGCAGCAAGUGUGGGGAACAGAGCAGCUGGAAGUAAGGAUGUUUGCCCUCGGAGAGCAAAGGGCCUUGCAGACCAGACUGAAGUUUGCCUUUUAUCCUGCCUGGGAGGAGCCAUUGGAUGUCCUAAAAUCAGACUGGGCUUUUAAGAAGGUAACCCUGAUCCUGAUAUAGAUAACUAUAGAGGACAGAUUAGAAUGGAGAUUAAGUAUAAGCCUAAUAGUGAUUCCUAUAGUCCAGAAUAGCAAAAAGGCCUGGAUUAAUCUUGUGAAAAUAAAGAAAAGCUGUAUUUAAGAACCAGAUUCAAAAGCCUUAAAAAUGCUCAUAGAGAACCGGAAACAGCGUGUGGGUCUCUUCCCUCUUUGGCCUUCGUAGGAGCGCCAGCGGUCAAAAUGAAGUUCAAUCCCUUUGUGACUUCUGACCAGAGAAAGAACUGUAAAAGGCAUUUCAAUGCACCUUCCCACAUUCGAAGGAAGAUUAUGUCUUUUCCUCUUUCCAAAGAGCUGAGAGAGAAAUACAGUGUUCGAUCCAUGCCCAUCCGAAAGGAUGAUGAAGUUCAUGUUGUUCGAGGACAUUACAAAGGGCAGCAAAUUGGCAAAGUAGUCCAGGUUUACAGGCAGAAAUUUGUCAUCUACAUUGAACAAGUGCAACAGGAGAAAGCUAAUGGUACAACUGUUCAUGUGGGCAUUCACCCCAGCAAGGUGGUUAUCAGUAGACUAAAGCUGGACAAAGACUGCAAAAAGGUCCUUGAACGUAAAGCCAAAUCUCACCAAGUAGGAAAGGAAAAGGGAAGAUACAAGGAAGAAACAAUGGAGAAGAUGCAGGACAGGAAUAAAGUAAUAUUAUAUACAACUUUCAUUAAAAAAUUAAAAUUAAAAAAAAAAUGCUCCUAACUUUUGACCCUACUAGCAUAAAUCCUAAGGAAAUGACCCACAAUAUAGAAAUACGUUUUGGAUACAAAAUGUUCUUUCAUCAUUUUAUAAAGCGUCUACUUUAUAAUAGUUCAAAGUUGGCAAUCCAAUAAGGGAAUAGUUCAAUAUAUUAACUACUGAUAUAAUGUAACAAUAACAAUAUUAUGAAAAUAAUUGAAAAUUACAAUAGUGAGUUUUUUGUGUAAGAAGAAAUGCUAUGUCAAAAGAAGUAAGAUACCAAAUUGUAUGUACCUUAACAUCUCAAUUAUGCAUAUUUUCAGCUUUUUUUACAAUGACAUAUAUUACUUUUGACUUCAGAAAAACACAUUGUUUUAAAAGAAAACAGGAAAUUUAGAGAGAGCGUGGGGGUAAUUGAGGGCAUGGCUGUUUCUGGAGUUCUGGCUGUCACUGUAUAUUAGGACUUUAGGUGGCAGUGUGAGACCAUGUCUUUACUAAUAACUAUUUACCGACCGGUUUGCUGUCUUUAAUUGGCUUGAGGAGAUUACCUUCCCUGCUCUAAGUAAGUCAUUCUAGUAGGAAGCCCACAAGGGCAAACAACUAACCAUGAUGCCAUGGUCGUCAGUGUUAGAGGGAUGUGCAAAGCCUUACGAGAGCAGGAGGAAGAAGCAACCAGCUCCUUGUGGGUAGUCUGGGAAAACAUGAGCUGGGCCUCAAAUCAUGAGUAAUAAUAGUGGCCACCAUUUAUGAAGUACUGUGUGUCUGGCACCAUAAAUAUUUUUUUUCUAAUCCCUUCCCAACCCAUUAAUUCAACAAAUAUGACUUGAGCACCUUCCAUGUACCUAAAAAACUAGGUUCAAGGAUCUAGCAUUGAUCAACACAGACAAAAAUCUUCGCUCUCAUGGAGCUUACAUUCUAAUAAGAAUAAAAAGAAAACUGAGUCUUAUGGUCACUUGCCUAAAUUAUGAAGAUAAUUGAAAAUUACAGACUGAAGUUGGACUUGAACUCAUAGUAAUCUAAACCCAUUCACUGGAUGGGGAAGAGGGAGCAGCAACUGCUGGAAAUAAGGAACAGCCUGGUAAAAGCAUAGAGGCAAGGGCACAUGGUGUGUUCAGAGAAUAGGGACCAGUGUGCUAGGGCCAGAACAUCGAGAGACCUUGGGGACCAGACUCUCUAGAGUCCUUAGUGCCAUGCAGAGGACCUGACCUUGUCCAGUAGAAGAAUUGGUCACUUCUUGGAGGUGGUAUGAGCAAGAAAGUGUCUGCUUAUAUAACAAUGUUGGACAACUUGCAUGGACCUCCAUGACUUUUUUACAAGGACAGCAAUAUAUUUAUAGUCUUUUUUUAAUUAUUAUUACUGAUUUUUGGGGGGGCAGGGGAGGAGAGAGAGAGAGAAACAUCGAUGUGGAAGAGACACAUCAAUCAGGCCUCCUGUACAUGCCUCAAGCCCCAGCCAAA